AUGUCCAUUCCGUUCAUUGCACCCAAAAACACUACACAUCGGCAUUUUUGUGCAGACGAAACAUUUGAAAAAUUUGAAACAGAUCUACGACAUUUAAGCAACAAUUGCAAUUUUGGUUUACUACGUGAUAGGUUAAUCAGAGAUCGUAUUGUCGCAGGAGUAAAAUGUAAAAUUGUACAAGAUCGACUAUUAAGAACUCCAAAUUUAAUACUGAGUAAAGCAUGUGAAAUUGCUAAAUCAGCGGGGCAAACAACGGAGAAAGCAGCAGCAAUCAACAACGGACAACCAACCGAGGUUCAAGCAGAUUUUCAUCACCAGAAAACGAACAAAAACGAACAAAAGCAGACUAUAUGUGGAAAGUGUGGAAAAAUACAUAACUUUAAAGAAUGUCCGGCAUAUGGAAAGCAGUGUCACACAUGUAAAGGUAAUAAUCAUUUUAGUAACAUGUGUUUUAAAAAAAUAAAUAACGGUAAUCCAGCUUAUGUAAAAAACAGAUACGUGAGGAAUAAUAAAAAUAAUAAUGUAAAGAACAGUAAACAAGUGUAUGAAAUGAAGGAAGAUGAAGCAUUAUUUUUAGGCAGCAUAAAUGUAGAUUCGAUAGUAGAAAGAGGUUGGUUUAUAAACUGUAUGAUUGAAAAUCAAGAGAUACAUUUUAAAAUAGAUAGUGGUGCUCAGGUGAAUGUAUUACCAAAUCAUGUUUAUAUGAAGUGUGAUAAUAGACAAAUGAUAGAAAAAAUUAAAAUAAAUUUGAGCAAUUACAACGGAAGUUACAUAAAAGUGUUAGGAAAGUGUAAACUAAAAUGUCAUUUUGAGAAUGGUAUGGUUGAAUAUAUAGAUUUUAUAGUAGUAGAUGAGCAAAGUCAACCAAUUAUUGGGUUUGAAACAAUGAUAAAAUUAAAUUUGGUUAAAAAACUAUAUAAAGUAAAUGCAAACAUAAUGGAUGAUCCAAAAUACAAAUCAAUAAGUGAGGGAAUAGGACUCAUGAAAGUAGAAGAGUAUGAUUUUAAAAUACAACCUGGAGCUGUAGGGAAUAUUACGUAUACAAGUAGAGUACCAUUUACGGUUAUAGAUGAAUUAAAAAGAGAGUUAGAAACAAUGGUAAAUAAUGAUGUAAUUAUUAAAGAGGAAGAACCAACAGAAUGGGUGAAUCCAAUAGUAGUUGUUAAAAAUAAAAACAAAAAGGGGAUAAGAAUUUGCUUAGACCCAUUUCACUUAAAUAAGGUACUAUUGAGAGAACAUUUUAAUUUACCAACAUUUGAAGAAAUCUCUUCUAAAUUUAGUGGAGCUAAAUUAUUUACAGUAUUAGAUGCUAGUAAAGGAUUUUGGCAACUUCCAUUAACACUGAAGAGUUCAAAAUUGACAACAUUUAUAACUCCAUUUGGUCGGUAUAGGUUUAAAAGACUUCCUUUUGGAAUUAAAAUAGCCCCAGAAGUAUUUCAUAAAACAUUUAGUAGAGUUUUUGCAGAUAUAAAAAAU